AGCAGAGGCCAUUAGAGAGAGAGAGAGAUGGGAAGGUCACCUUGUUGCGAGAAGGCUCACAUGAACAAAGGAGCUUGGACUAAAGAAGAAGAUCAGCUUCUCGUAGAUUACAUCCGCAAACACGGCGAAGGUUGCUGGCGAUCUCUCCCUCGAGCAGCCGGUUUACAGAGAUGUGGUAAGAGUUGUAGGUUAAGAUGGAUGAAUUAUCUUAGACCAGAUCUCAAGAGAGGUAAUUUCACUGAGGAAGAAGACGAACUCAUCAUCAAACUCCAUAGCUUGCUCGGUAACAAAUGGUCGUUGAUUGCUGGGAGAUUAGCAGGAAGAACGGACAACGAGAUCAAAAACUAUUGGAACACUCACAUCAAGAGGAAGCUUCUCAGCCGUGGGAUUGAUCCAAACAGCCACCGUCCGAUCAACGAACCCACAAUCCCUCCUUCAAAAACAACAACACCGCCACUUCUAAAAGAAGAGCCUGUACAGUUCCAUUUAGCCGGACCCGAUCAACAACAGACGGUUAAACCGGAACCGAUGGUGCUAGACCGGGAAGUGAUUGAUAAUAAUAAUAAUAAUAAUAAUAAUAAUAACUGCUCGAGCAGCGGAACGACGUCUGAGGAGGAGUGUUUACUCAAUUUGGAACUCUCUGUUGGUCCAGCUACGAACAGGAGUUAUCGGUACGAGUCGUCCCGGAAGACAAAUCCCGACUCGGUUAAGUCCACUGGACGGUGGGGAUCCGAGUUGUUCGUGGAUCAGGUUGAAGUGUGUUUGUGUUGUCGGAUAGGGUUUCAUAAUGAGUCGUGUCGGAAUUGUCGUAUUUCUGAUGUUCGAACCGUCUGGGAAUCGAAAAUUCUUUAG